GAUUUGGCGCAAAAAAAAAAGUGGCCACAUGAGUCAUUCACACUCUUGCGGUCUCUCGAAAAACGAGCUGCAAAACUGCAACUAUUCUUCUUCACCUACAUUAAAUCUGUCAAUCUCUCUCUUAGAACAGUUUUAAAACCCUAAUUCACAAUGGAUUCGAAAUCGUCCUAUUUACUAAAAUCGCCGGCGAAAACUCCGGCAUCCAUGAAAUCUCAGCCGUCCGAUCAAAUCAGCUCUAGAACUCCACAGAAGCUUCCACAUUCACCUCCAAGUAUCAAAUAUCGUCGUCAUUCUACUCGAUUGCCAGAGAAGUAUGAAAUUUUAUUGAGGUUCUUCGACGCAUUGGAUGCUUCGUUAAAGUUGCUUCGGUUGCGGAAAGCAAUUCCUGUCUUCAGCAAAAUUAGGGUUAUGAUUGAGAAUAUGUCAGAGAGGAGGUUUACUCAUCAACACUUGGCGAAAUUGAAGUUUCUUUUGCCAGAGAUUGGAAUCAGAAAAGUCUUGAUGGCUGAUGAGGAAACUCGCUGCAUGAAGAAUGAUCUUCAUGUAACAUUGGAUGUCAGUAGGAUGGCUCAUGCAGAUAAAAGGGAGCCAAGAAGUAAACUCUUGUGUUUGAGGGAUCGCUUCAUUUUACGGAUUUUGGAGUUUGUAAGAAAUCAUCCUGAGGGAACUGAAAUACCUGAGGAUAAACUUCCCGAGCCAUUCAAUCAGCAAAAGCAUGACCUGCAAUUAAACAACGUCAAGCAAUCAAAUUCAUGUUCUCACAUGCAGAAUUGCUCUGGGGUAGUUGUAGAGCAACAGACAGCACAAGCAUCCCAUAUUUCUCCAUCUUUCAGGAAGCAUUUUUCAAAAAGAGGCUCAGACAAUGAAUCAAGGAACGAUAGUCAGACUCCACUAGAGUCCUUACACCAAUUACCAUCAAUUUCUGAUUUCAGUCCUUCUGCAGACAGUUAUGAAAUGGAAUCAGUAGCUCUUAUACCUGAGAUGGUACCAUAUAGGCCACCUGAAGGCCAAAUUACAUGCAAACCUCUUGUAGAUUUUGAAUUUUGCUCUAUAAAGACUGCUCAGGAAAAGCAGGGAACACCUACAAAAUCUGCUGCAACACCAAUCAAACCAGUGACUCCAAUCCUGCACACACCUAAGAGGGUUAAGUCGAGUAGAGAUAAGAGUUCUGUCAGCUUAGCAUGUAAAGCAUCUGAUAGGCCUUCUUGCGCUAGGUCACUUCAAUUUGAGGGAACUUCAAAAAAUGCACAUAUUGAACUUCAAGUUGAUGAUGCCGAAUGCUCUGAUGUCAAUGACAUUCUCUCUGACAAUCUUUUACAAUCGCUAAUGGAGAAAGAGCAGAGAAUUGUGGAAUUGGCAAAGAGGAAGCAGAUGACUAAGAGUCUUCCAAAGCUCUUUGACAGAAUUUAUUUUCUAUAUCAGAAUCCCAAGUCUUCAGCUAUUAGGAAAGGCGCACUAAUUCGUUACCUAACUGAAUGCCAUUUGGACAUUACUGAUGAAAGUGAAGUUGAGGAACAGCUAAAACUGCUGCAAGAAAUUAUCCCUGAAUGGAUUAUCUGCAAGUUAUCACCUUCAGGAAACAAACUUUACAGCAUCAAUAAGGAAUUAAAUCCAAACACUCUGCGCCUGACACUGAAUGAUGCAAUGUGAUGGGUUGCCCCUAUGACUUGUCAGUUUUUUCCAUAAUCCUGGGCAACUCACCCUCUUGUGGAACUAAAAGAAGUUUCCACCCAUGUGUAUCUUUGGAUUUGAUACUCCUUCUAUAGCCUGAUUUAAAUGAUAGGUAAUCGUGGGGGAAGAUCGGAAAUAUUUGAUGAGUUUGUGCUCUCAGCGGGGGUGCAAAUGAUCCAUAGAGCAGGGAUCCAUACCACUCCUUUCAUGUUCAAUCUCAUUUGGUUGGCUCAAAUUGUGCUUUAGAGUUUAGGCCAUUCUGAAACUCCAGCCAAACUCACAAACUUUGACUCCUGAUCUGAUUGUAAAUAGUAGUAGUGCUCCAGCCUGUGGAAUAUAGUGUUUAUAUGUACUUUUGCAAUCAUGUUACAUUAUCUAUCUUUCUAGUCUCA